AUGGAUUUCACACAUCGUUUGAAUGGUAUUGGCGGUCUUGCAAUUGCAGUAUUGAUUUUUUCGUCGCUUCAAGUCGUCUUGAGCGCUCUUAUAGACGUCAAAAAUAGCGCUGAUGUGUAUACUCUGCUAAACUCGAGCAGUGUGCCGGUUUUCAUCAUGAUGUACAUGCACGGUUGCCGCUACUGCAAGGAGUUAGAGCCGGACUUUGCAUACUUGGAAACACUCUUCUCGGGGGAGCUGGCAGUGGUCAAGGUCGAUGGAAAACAGGCCACCUUAUUUGCUCGAGAUAUGGGCGUGCACAGUUUCCCAGAAUUAUUCUUAUUUAGCGCUGCAAAUGACAUUUCGGGCUUCCAAGAUAAUACGUAUUUGGGAAAAUUCCACAGCAAUCGAAACUUGGCGUCACUCGCAUUGUUCGUGUCCCACAAAACUGGGGCUAUGGCACGGUGGCCUGAAUCGCGAGUUCGUACCGUUGACAGCGAGUUGACGUCGAUUGACUGGUCUCGUGCGUCUCUUUUGGCGUUCGUAUCGCCAUGGAUGGAUCCAGAAGCGUUUCGAUUGUUCGCAGGCGAGCAGUCGACGUGCGCUUUGGAAAACAUGGCCCGGAGUAGCGACCUUCAAAUUUUCCGGAUUGACGCGUCCAGCAGCUCCACCAGUGUGUGGACGCAUGAGUUCCGCAUCCAAAUGACUCCCACGCUCAUUUUUCUGAUACCCACAGGGUCUGGAUCCUCUAGAGAAUUGCGAAUCGAAUGGCAUAGAGGCUGCUCAAAGUUGAAUGAACAGGCCCAGGAAAUCCUGAAUACCAUUGUCGCUAAAUGUGGUACCACAGAGGCCGUCUCGUCGUCCAAUUGCAACACGUACCUUCACAAUCUCCCCGGCGUCAGCGUUCGUGAGCUGGGGCCAGUGUCAGCGUCCAAUUGUACGGAAUUUGAUCCAAAUUUCAGCGGUGAAUUUUACAGCGAGUAUACAACCAACGGUGAAGACAAUUAUGACGAAGACAAUUAUGACGAAGACGAUGAAAACGACGACGACGACGACGACGACGCUCAGGAAUGGAUUUUCGAUGCCUUGCGAGAGUUGUGA